CUAUCACUUAUUCACGAAACCCCAUUCUUCUCUCUACGAGUACUUUCCACAAACGUGUCAAACUUCUCCCUCUUCGUCAUAGAUCAUCGCUCACAUUGUAUUUUUCCAUUGAUCACUCUACAGCUAUGCCAUUCCAGACAACUCUUACUGAGGCUUUAGGCAUUGCCAUCCCUGUUGUUCAAGGUGGAAUGCAAUGGGUUGGUUACGCCGAACUUGCCUCAGCUGUUUCCAACGCCGGGGGUCUUGGAAUAAUCACAGCCCUCACCCAACCCAGUCCGGCAGAUCUCCGUAAGGAGAUCCAACGCUGCAAGAUGAUGACGUCGAAGCCCUUCGCCGUUAACAUCACCCUCCUGCCGGCUAUUGUGCCCCCGGACUACGACGCCUACGCGCAGGUCGUGAUCGACGAGGGUGUCAGGAUUGUUGAAACUGCGGGCAACUCCCCCGGUCCCAUAAUCAAGAAGCUCAAAGACGCAAACAUAAUAAUCCUCCACAAGUGCACCACCAUCCGACACGCCCUUUCCGCGCAGAAGCUCCGUGUGGACUUCUUGUCUAUCGACGGUUUUGAGUGCGCUGGCCACAUUGGUGAGCACGACAUCACGAAUUUUGUUCUCCUUCGACGUGCGGCCCAGUCACUGACCACACCAUUCAUUGCAUCUGGAGGAUUCGGUGAUGGGGAAGGAUUGGCUGGUGCUCUAGCUCUUGGUGCUUGCGGAAUCAAUAUGGGAACUAGGUUCAUGUGCACUGCUGAAGCUCCCAUUCACGAGAACGUCAAGCAGGCUAUUGUUGCAGCUACGGAGGGCGAUACUGAGUUGUUGCUGAGGAGGUGGAGAAACACUAGCCGGCUGUUCAAGAACAAGGUUGCCAUUGAGGCGAAGAAGGUCGAGAAAGAGAGCGUCACGGGGAAAUUUGAGGAGAUUGCGCCAUAUGUUAGUGGGAAGCGUGGGAGGAACGUGUUUAUUACUGGUGAUAUUGACGAGGGGGUAUUUUCUUUCUUUUCUCCUCUUCUCUCCAAUUCGGCUGUUCUUGGCUCCUAUUCCCACAAUGGGUGCUCAUAUAGGGUAAAUGGAUAG